GGGAGGGGCGGUGGGGGGAGGCGGAGGCGCCGCGUAAGCCGGCGAGGCCGGGCCCGCCCGGCUGGGAGCUCGAGCCCCAUGCACCGCCGCCUCCCCCCACGAUGUUCCCCUCCCGGAGGAAAGCGGCGCAGCUACCCUGGGAGGACGGCAGGUCGCUCUCUCUCAUUAAAGAGCUCAGAGGGAGGAUUUGUAGAGGCUCCAGCCCUCUCAGGCCACUGGCAGGAUUGGGUUCUGCUCCUCCCCAGCGGAAACCCCCACCACAGGACAACGGGGGGUCCAGGCUGCUCCCCAGCAGCCUCCCCCGGAAAUGCUCCAUCUUCCACCUCUUCGUCGCCUGUCUCUUACUGGGCUUCCUCUCCCUGCUCUGGCUGCAGUUCAGCUGCUCUGGUGACACGGCCUGGGCAGCCAGGGGACGAGGGCAGGAGACCUCGGGUCCACCCCGGGCCUGCCCUCCAGAGCCCCCACCCGAGCACUGGGAAGAAGACCCGUCAUGGGGGCCCCACCGCCUGGCAGUGCUGGUGCCCUUCCGAGAGCGCUUUGAGGAGCUCCUGGUCUUUGUGCCCCACCUGCACCGCUUCCUGAGCCGGAAGAAGAUUCCGCACCACAUCUACGUGCUCAAUCAGGUGGACCAUUUCAGGUUCAAUCGGGCGGCGCUCAUCAACGUGGGCUUCCUGGAGAGCAGCAACAGCACGGACUACAUCGCCAUGCACGACGUGGACCUGCUCCCUCUCAAUGAGGAGCUGGACUACGGCUUCCCGGAGGCGGGGCCCUUCCACGUGGCCUCCCCGGAGCUGCACCCCCUCUACCACUACAAGACCUACGUCGGUGGCAUCCUGCUGCUUUCCAAGCAGCACUACCAGCUGUGCAACGGGAUGUCCAACCGCUUCUGGGGCUGGGGCCGCGAGGACGACGAGUUCUACCGGCGCAUCACAGGAGCCGGGCUGCAGUUGUUCCGCCCCUCAGGGAUCACAACUGGAUACAAGACGUUUCGCCACCUGCACGACCCAGCCUGGCGGAAGAGGGACCAGAAGCGCAUUGCCGCUCAAAAGCAGGAGCAGUUCAAGGUGGACCGAGAGGGAGGCCUGAGCACUGUAAAGUACCGCGUGGACGCCCGCACAGCCCUGUCUGUGGGCGGGGCCCCGUGCACCGUUCUCAACAUCAUGCUGGACUGUGACAAGGCUGCUACCCCCUGGUGCACAUUUGGCUGAGGUGGCUGGACAGUAAGAAGGCCUGUACCUACAGGCCACACUGCUACUCAGGCCCUGGACAAAGCCUCAGUCCCCGAGCCCAUCUCUAAUAAGACAUGGAGUGGCCUGAAGCAGUGGACAGCAAGCCACGUGUCUUCAGCCACAGCAGGACACAUGGGCUGCCUGGGGCACCAGCGCUAGCAAUAGACUGAUGCAGAGAGGCUGGGGUGUGGCUCCCAGCCGGCACUGCACACCCGCCUCUGUGUGCUGAGGCCCGAGGGCUCUGGGUCCUCCCCUGGCCCGCCUCACGCAGAGGUCGGGUGCAGCGAUGGGGUGCAGAGGCGAGGCCACUGAGCGAGUGGCUGGGGCCACUGGGAGGGGUGGAGUGCAGGCCCCAGAGUGCAGGCCCCCUGGAGAGGGACGCUGGACCACUCUGGCUGCUUGUCACCGUGUAGAAACGUGGGCCUGAUGUUGCCAGAUCUUCUGAUGUUUCAAAAGAAACUGGAAUUCUGGAUUCUUCAGUGAAAGCAGUGGAUUAUUAAAUGAUAGCAACUAAUUAAAAUUCUAAAAAAGUAUGGCAGUCCAAACAAAA